AGCGGCAUUUCUUCCGAAGUUACACUGAAACCAACACAACAAUGUUGCGCUCAAGAUGAGUCGACAGCAGGACGAGCAGGGUGUCGUGUUAACCGCUUACACCAGCAACAGCGAGGCUUUGACAGCUAUCGGCUGUAAAGAACAACCGGAGUUUCCCGGAGCGAGCCACAGGACCGGUCAGUACAAUGUCCAGCGGGGGAAAGCGGCUCUGGGCUGGAGCUCAGGUAAGGCACCGUACCAGCGCUGCAGCUCCCAGGACUCCCUGGACGAGCAGGCCAUGGUGGACUACUUCACAGAGGUGGAGAUCAUCCAGCGCAGCGGAGACGCAGAGACUCAGGAGGAGGUGCAGCUGAAGGUGGCUGACGAGGGCGAGCAGGAGGAGGCGUGGCUGAUGGAGGCGGGGCUUGCGACGCUGUUUGACGAAUCCGCUUCGGACGGCGAGGACAGCAUCGCUCUGCUGUCGACUCUGACCCGAACGCAAGCAGCCGCCGUUGAGAGACGUGUGGAGACGCUCAAACAGACGCUACGCAAACGCAACAAACCGUACAGUGUCCCGGAUGUUCGGGAGAUCUUUAAACCACCACCUGCUUCACCGAGUAAAGACCAGGCUGAAUCCACAGGAAGAAGUGGGAGCAGUGAACAGGAAGUGGAAGGACUGGGUAAUGGGGCGGGGCCUGAUGCUCCAGGGGGCGGAGCUGACGCUGAGACAGACAUUAACCUGGAGGUGUCCUUCUCUGAGCAAGCACUUACCUACAAAGAAGGGUUGAAGGUUACCCAGCCCCAGAAUGAAGCUGACGACAGGUUACCUGAUUUUAGAGUGUCUCAGGAUAAGACCGGACAGACAAGAGUAGGCGAUCUCUCCGCUGAGGACAUGAAGAAGGUUCGCAGGCUUGUUCUGAUCGAGAUGAGCGCUCUGUUCGACACGUGUGGCAUCGAGGUGAAGGCUCAUAAAGCUCUCAAGGUCAAAGUGAGAGAGUCGGGUUUGUUCGGUGUUUCUCUCUCUACGCUGCUGGAACAAGACCAGCGGAGGAUGCCGGGGACCAGAGUGCCUCUCAUCCUGCAGCAGUUGAUGUGUCACAUCGAGCAGCAGGGUUUGGACACGGAGGGUGUGCUGCGGAUCCCUGGAGCCGCUACUAGAGUGAAGGCCGUGUGUCAUGAGCUGGAGCACAAGUUUUACGAGGGUGUGUUCCCGUGGCCGAGUCUGAAACAGCACGACGCGGCCAGCCUCCUGAAGCUGUUCAUCAGAGAGCUGCCCUAUCCUCUGCUGACCGUCGAGUACUUCAGCGCCUUCAUCUCCGUGCUGAAGCUGCCCACGAAGAAGCAGCAGCUGCAGGCUCUCAAUCUGCUGGUGCUCCUGCUGCCCGAACCCAACCGAGACACGCUCAAGGCUCUGAUGGAGUUCUUCCAGAGAGUGACCGACCAUAAGGACAGGAAUAAGAUGACGCUGAACAAUGUUGCAGUGGUGAUGGCGCCCAACAUCUUCAUGUGUAAGGGCUUCCGCAGUAAGAUCAGUGAACAGCAGGAGUUUGCUAUGGCCACGGGCACGGCUAACAUCGUCAGGCUGCUCGUCCGCUACCAGAAGCUCCUCUGGACGAUUCCCAAGUUCAUCCUGAAUCAGGUGCGCAAACACAACACGGAGAACCAGCGGAAGAUGAACCGAGACAGAGCGGUUAAAAAACUACUGAAGAAGAUGGCAUACGACCGCGAGAGAGCCUCCGACAAACAGGAGAAAAACAGUGAGGCUGAAGGAGGCUUCAUAAGGGUCCAGGCUCCUCAGUUCUCGAAGGGGUCCAUGUCUGUACAGCUGACGGAGGAUUUAAAGGCCUCUGAUGUUCUGAUGCACUUCCUCAGUCAGGAGAGGUCUCUGUCUGUGAAAAGAGAAGAUCUGUGUCUCUAUGAGAUGGGAGGAAACAUCAAGGAGAGGUGUCUGGAUGAAGAGACGUACAUCACAGCUCUCCUGGAGCUCAACCCCAGUGCAGAGUGGGUCAUUAAAUCUGACUGGACGUCCCACAUCAACCCAUCAUGCCCUGCACCUUACAGUCACCACGAAGGGAAAGCAGCAGGAUUCAGAGCCUAG